AGGCAGGCAAAGUUUUGGACAGCACCACACGUCGCUACAGCCAGGGAAGCCAGCUGUCAGUUUCUACUGUCGCUCCAAUAUUUAUGUUUUUUGCCAGUUUUCACAUGUUAAUUAGGUUAUAACAAAAGCUUCAUUUACAAGGAUGCCAAGGGGAGGUAAGAAGGGUGGCCACAAGGGUCGCAUGCGGACAUACACCAGCCCAGAGGAGAUAGAUGCUCAGAUGAAGGCUGAGAAGGAAAAGAGAAGGCAAGAGCAGAACCCAGACAAUGAAGAAGAAGGUGCUGUUCAGAACGAUGGUGCUGAGAAGUUGGCAGACUCUGGAUGCGACGACAGUGAUGAUGAAAAUCCCAUGAGGAGGAGACCAGGUGUGGAAGGCUUGAUAGAAAUUGAAAAUCCAAACAGAGCGGUGCAAAAGUCUAAGAAAGUGUCACAGAUUGAGUUGGAUGAGCCAAAGCAAUUAUCAAGGAGAGAAAGAGAAGAACUUGAAAAACAGAAAGCAAAGGAGAACUACAUGAAGUUGCAUAUGGCAGGGAAGACGGACCAGGCCAAAGCUGACCUUGCUCGCCUUUCCAUUAUUAGAAAACAAAGAGAGGAGGCAGCAAAAAAAAAAGAGGAGGAGAAAAAAGCAAAAGAAGCAGCAGCAGCAGCAGCUCGAGGAGUAAAGUCCAUGUCACUAAAAUGAUGCAGAUUAUACAGCAGAUGCAUUAACACAUGUUUAUGGACUGGUGUAGUGAAUGACUAUUUUUUAAAAGAAGAGCAAUGAAGAAUAUGUUAAAGAUAUAACUAUAACCAAAUGACCAUCUGGAAAAUGGUCAGGUGGACGCCUUUGGAUUGUGGUGAGUGUGUGUGUGUGUGUGUGUGUUUGGAGAUUAAAAAGUGGCCUCUGUGUUUUCUCCGGGAAGUACAGCAGCACUUAAGCUUACACCAGUCUCUGCUUACACUUGGAAUGAAGCUCUUCUAAUAUAUAAGCUCAUACAUGAUACUAACAAUGUUUAAACUUGUCACUGUACAAUGUCAACAUUGCUAACUCAACUAUGCCACUUUUUCUUUGGAGGAGCUCCCAUUGUAUAUAAAUGACUUGUGAAAUAUUUCAGAUCAAUGUGGGGAAAGAAGUACAGUAAAUGAAUGUGUUUAAUUCUUUAUUUGCUUUGUUUCCUUGUGAGAAACAAUCUAAUGGGUUGGUCUUACCCCUGGAGCUGGCUUUCCUAACUUCAGGGAGCGAGACUCCAUGUUGGAAUCAUUGACAUGAACAUGAGUCAGUAUUAGAGAUGUUUAUUUUGAAAUAAAAGUAAUAGGAAAAAACACAUAGCUGGAUGUAAUUUCUCUCAAAUUUAAAUGUUUACAUUGUUUUAUGUUCAAAUAAAUCCUUACCUAU